CGCGGACGAGUACGAGUGCAAUUGUGCGCUCGGACUCAGAGAGUUCAGAGGUUUCCAAGAUGGCGAAGAAAACUCAAGCGGAGAAAGCGGCACAGAACGAGGAAACCGCCAAAGGCAACGACGAUCUGAUGAACGACGAUGAGGAGCCGAACUUUAGCGAUCCCGAGGGCUUCGUCGACGAUAUCACCGACGAGGAACUGCUUGGUGAUAUCCUGAAGCAGAAGCCUUCGGAGACAGAUGGGGUAGAAUCCGUGAUUGUUGUGGACAAUGUACCUCGAGUGGAACCUGAUAAAUUGGAGAAGCUCCAGUCCGUCAUCAACAAGGUGCUAGGAAAAUUUGGUACAAUUGUCAACCAGUACUAUCCGAUGAAUGAGAGUGAUGGCAAGACUAAAGGGUAUAUUUUUCUGGAAUACAACAAUCAUCUGAACGCUCUCACAGCGGUAAAAUCCACCAACAAUUACAAGAUCGACAAAUCACACACGUUCAAGGUCAAUCUUUUCACGGACUUCAAGAAAUUUGAGGAUAUACCCGAGAACUGGGAGCCGCCGAAAGCUCAGCCCUUCAAAUCUGCCAGCGACUUGCACUAUCAUCUGCUUGAACCGGAUGCUUACGAUCAGUUUUGCGUUCUCUGUGGCAACGGGGCGGGUGUGUCGGUGCAAAUCUGGCAGAACUCAGCACCAGAGCCUACUUUACUUGAAGAACGCAAUCGCUGGACAGAGACAUAUGUAAAAUGGUCGCAACUGGGCACAUACCUAGCGACGUUCCACAAGCUGGGAGUUGCGCUUUGGGGCGGACCACAAUUCACUCAGCAGGCGAGAUUUAGCCAGCGAGGCGUCGAGUGCAUCGAUUUUUCACCCUGUGAGCGUUAUCUGGUCACUUACACCCCGCGCACCGAUCUUGGCCAGGAUCAGAAGCGGCUGGUGAUCUGGGAUAUUUUGUCGGGUCAAGAGAAACGAUCCUUCUUCCCUGACGGAUCCUCCGUCUGGCCCAUCUUCCGCUGGUCGCACGAUGAUAAAUAUUUAGCGCGCAUGGGAGAAGAUGUCCUUAGCGUUUACGAGACCCCAUCAUUUGGUCUCCUGGAUAAAAAGAGUAUCAAAAUACCCGGGAUUAGAGAUUUCAGUUGGUCCCCAACAGACAACGUUCUCGCUUAUUGGGUUCCAGAGGACAAGGACGUCCCGGCUAGGGUGACUCUAUUAGAAAUUCCCAACCGCAAUGAAAUACGAAAUAAAAACCUAUUUAACGUGGCCGACUGCAAGAUCUUUUGGCAAAAAUCUGGCGAUUAUUUGUGUGUAAAAGUAGAUCGCUUUGCUAAGCGCAAGGAAAAGACGGAGCAAAAGUACACGGGUAUGUCGUAUAACUUCGAGAUUUUCCACAUGAGAGAGAAACAGAUUCCCGUAGACAGCGUAGAAAUAAAGGAGCCAAUUCAUGCUUUUGCCUGGGAACCGGUCGGCAGCAAGUUUGCCAUCAUCCAUGGAGAAAUUCCCAGUGUGAAUGUCAGCUUUUACGAAGUUCGAUACGGUCACCAGCCCGCUCUUCUCAAGAGAUUAGAGAAAAAAGCUUGCAAUCACCUAUUUUGGUCGCCAUCGGGUCAGUUUAUUGUCCUUGCUGGUCUGACAACAAUGGCUGGUGCUCUGGAAUUCAUCGACACCAAUGAUUUUACCAUCAUGAAUUCCACUGAUCAUUAUCAAACAUCGGACGUGGAGUGGGAUCCUACUGGCAGAUAUGUCGUCACAGCAGUGUCCAAUUGGAAGACCAGCGUUGACAAUGGUUACUGGAUAUGGACGUUCCAGGGUCGCAUUUUAAAGAGAGUCAACCUAAAUGCGUUCAACCAAUUGCUCUGGCGGCCGCGACCACCGACUUUGCUCACCGCAGAACAGAUCAAAGAGAUCAAAAAGAAUCUGAAAAAAUAUUCGGCGCAAUUCGAGAGCAAAGAUCGCAUGCGGUUAACGCGCGCUUCAAAGGAAUUAAUUGAGAAGCGCUGUUUAUUGAUGAAGGCGUUCGAAGAAUAUCGCACGAAACGAAUCGAAGAAUGGAACAAUCAGAAGAAACGCCGUCUUGAAUUACGUUGCAAUAUCGACACCGACGAGCUGGAUUCAGAUUCGAAGAACGUAGAAGAGGAGGUCGUGGAAUUUUUCGUCAAGGAAGAAACAUUUGUAAUUGACGAUAAAUAAAAUAUCGCAGAAAAAUUGUUAAUUGCCGCGUGCUGUCAGUUGCCGUUCUUGGAAAUCUUUGAGUACAAAAGUACUCGGCGCUCGGUUUCCAUCUACAAAGUGUCGCAAUAUUAAUCGUCGUCGUCAUCAUCGAUAAUUGCAAUCGAAUCUCGUUGCAAUUAUCUUGAUCUGUGAACCAUGAAUGGUUUUAACAGAUCAUCUUUAUAUUAUUAUUAUUAUUAUUAUUAUUACUAUGGUAUCCGAAUUAAAGUCGCCUUUGCGUAUCCGAUGUUACGCAAAAAGCGACGACAUCGUAAUAAUAUUAAAUUUUAUCAUAUCCCUUACAGAAUAGCCCGUGAGAAAAUAAUUAUAUCACUCAAUUUCACUGUCAGAUAACUUGCGAAAUAAAAUGCUACUCUAUCAUUUUA